AUGGGUGAUUUUAAUUGUGUUUUGCGCAAUGAUGAGAAAAAAGGAGGUCGCGAGCCAAAAAUUUCAGUCGUUACUGAUUUUAGUGAUUGGAUGGAUGACAACAACCUUUUCGAAGCUGAUUCUUUGGGUUCUAAAUACACUUGGGCCAAUGGUCAAUCUGGUGUUCGCAGAAUUCUUUGUAAACUUGAUCGUGUUAUUAUUAAUGAGGCUUGGCUAGCAAAGUUUGAGAAUUGGUGGUGUAAAACUUUUCCAAGGGAAGUUUCCUACCGCUCUACUCUUGUUGGUUAUCCUUUUCGUCAUUCAAGACCUAGGCGUGCUCCCUUCAGAAUUCAAAAGAUGUGGUUUACACGUCCUGAUUUCAUGAACAUGGAUUAUUCAAGGCGUUUCAAGAGGUUCAUGCAUAAUUCUGUGGAAGAUCUUAAAGUACUGGAUUUCUUAAAAGUGGCGCAUAGGCAGGUGAAGUUUCAUGAACCAGUUGAAUAUAGGUGGUCUUCUCCGGCUUUGGAUGAAUUGCAACGUUGGAGUGAGGUUUCUUCAAACUUUGAGGCUAUUCGUUUUGAGCAUACUUUUAGGGAAGCUAAUUUUUCUGCGGAUAAUAUGGCAAAGAGAGGUUGUGACCUUCCUAAUGAGGAACGUAGACAUUAUACUGGAAGACCGGAUUUUUUAAAUUCUGUUGAAUACCCAAAUUUUGGAUUUACCAAAAAAAAAAAUGCCUCUGACGAAGAUCUGGAAGAUGAAACUAAGCUGAAUUAUGUGAAGGAGGCUUCAGUUUCUCUUGAGAAUGUUUGUAUGCAACAUGCCAUUAUGCUAAAACAGAAAUCAAGAAAUAAGUGGUUGGUUGAGGUUGCGAGUAAUACUGCUUUUUUCCAUGCUAACAUUCAGACUCGUAGGAGUAGUAAUGUGAUUUCUGAAUUAGUUCAUGAGAAUAAUACUACCAUUACGGGUUAUGAACAGCUUAAGAACUAUACGGGUAUGGUGAUGGAUGCGAUUCCUUCUAUGGAGGAAGUUAAAACCGUUGUUCUUGACUUGGGUGCUGAUAGUGCUCCGGGGCCUGAUGGGUUCUCAGGUUGUUUCUAUAGACAUUGUUGGGAUGUGAUUCAUCAAGACAUUUUCAAUGCGAUUUCUUAUUGUUGGAUGCAUAAAAUUAUUCAUCAGGGAGUUAAUUCGAGUCUUUUGAUUCUUCUUGCUAAGAUUCUUGCUACAAGACUAGGUGGUGUUCUUGAUAGACUUGUUUCGGAAGAACAAGUUGCUUUCAUGAAGGGUAGAAACAUUCAUGAGACUAUUAGUGUGGUCUCUGAAAUGGUAAAUGAGUUGAAAAACAAACGGAAGGAUGGAAAUGUGGGUCUUAAGCUUGAUAUUUCUCCAGUUUUUGACACGGUCAGCUGGUCCUUUGUUUUGGAGGUUUUUCGAAGCUCAGCCCGUAUUUCAGUUCUUCUAAAUGGCAGUCCUGAAGGUUUAGGCGAUCCUCUGUCUCCUCUUAUUUUUGUGCUGAUUGAAGAUGUUCUUAGUAGAAACCUCACCAAGUUUUUCUUCAACAAGAUUAUGACUCCUAUGUUGUCGAUAAAAGCGGCUUCCGGGCAGACAGUUUGUCGUCAAAAAAGCAAAGUUUAUUAUGGUGGAAAUUCUUUGAGCCGAUGUAGAACUAUCACGGAUUUAUUGGGUAUGGAAGUCUCAACUUUUCCGGAUCGUUACUUGGGUGUUCAAAUCAUUCCAAGGGGUGUGAAGUAUCGUCAAAUUUGGAAUGUGAUCGACAAAAUUAAGAAUCAACUUUCGGUUUGGAGGGGAAAAUUACUUUCUUUACAAGAUCGAGUGGUUCUUAUUAACUCGGUGAUUGAUAGUUACUCCAUUCACAACAUGGUUGUUUAUAAAUGGCCUCGUAAGUUUAUUGAUCAACGUGAGGGAUUUAUUCGUAAUUUUCUUUGGUCAGGGGAUGCUGAGGUAAGUCGUAAAUUUGUUGUUUCUUAUGAUAAAGUUUCCUUCCCAAAGAAGGAAGGUGGAUUAGGCAUUACAAAAUUAUAUGUUACUAAUAAGGCUCUUCUUAUGAAGCUGUGGUGGAACAUUCGUUCUUCUAAGAAGAAAUGGGCUCGUUUUCUUUAUGAUAAAUACACUAAUAAGAAGGGUAGAAUUAAGGAGUAUGGUGUCAAGUCUUCCAUUCUUCCAGGUAUUAAGCAAGUCUAUAAAGAGCACAAUAAUGUCAAUGAUUUACUUGUUAACAAUGAAUGGGUUAUCCCUGAUUCUCAUAUCCAAAAUUUACUUAAUGCUGGUGUUAACUUGGAUGAUUUGCCAAGACCUUUGGCUGGAGAUGAUUUUAGGGUUUGGAUGCCAGAUUUGAAAGGUAAAUUCUCAGUUAGUUUAGCCAAAUGUUUAAUUCGAAAUAAGUACGCAGUGACAGAUGUUUACUCUCUUUUAUGGCGUAAGGUUGUUCACCCUAACCUUGCGGCUCAAAAUUGGAACACUGAGCGAGGAGUUUGUGCAACACUUGACAAGGUUCAAAGUCGUUUCAAAAUUAGUCCGGUGAAGAAAUGUUAUCUGUGCAAGAUGGAGGAAGAAUCUUUAGACCAUGUUUUAUGGUCCUGUGCUUUUGCUGGUCAGCCAAUUAAAUGUUUCUGGAAUCCUCCUCCAAGGAACGUUUUGCUCAUUUGUUGUGAUGAAGCUUCUAGAAACAAUCCGGGGCGAGCUGGUGCGGGCGUUGUUGCUAGAGAUGCUAAUUGUAAUAUGGUUGGAGCAAUGAGUAUAGGGAUGGUCAUCACAAACAAUUUCAUGGAAGAAGUUUUUGGUAUCCUUGUUGGUUUGGAAUGGGCUACUCAAUGGGGAAUGCAACAUAUUUUAGUUCGUUCAGAUUCUAUCAGUGUUGUUGAGGUUUUCACUAAUUCUUCAGUCCAUUGGUUAAUCAAACAGCGUUGGGAUCAUAUUUAA